CGUAAUAAUUCGUAGAUUAAGUACGGGACAUGAUUUUUUAAGCAAAAUCUGAUCCAACUAAAAAAACUCGAUCCAAAUCAAAAAAAUCUGACCAAAACCAAGAAAACCCGACCCGACCGCGUUUAAUCGAGAGAGAGACGAACCAACCUGAUCCAACCCAACACUGUGCACGGCUUAGAAAUGGGCGUGUCAAAUGAUCCACAAUCCUCCGACCCAACUCAGCGUUUGAACAGAUUUAAUACCACAUACCAGCCUUGUCGGACUAGUGUUCUGACCAUGGUCCUGGACGACGUCUCUGCGCACAUCGCUCUGGCCGGGGCCUGGGCAGGGGCGCGGGGCCGGGGAUGCGAGGUGGGGUGCGCUUUUGAUCACGUUUCCGGAUAGGUUCCGGUCUCCGGAGGACCCCUCUUUCCUGAUGGUUCGAGCUGUUGAUUGUGUCGGCAGCAUUGCCCAUAGUUUGGCUAUGCUAUGCACACUCGCCAGUUGCCACUGCCUACUCACUACUCACUAGUGUAUCCAGACCUGACCACGAGUGCACUGCGCACAACGCUGUGUCGCUGUGCCUGUGCGCUCGACGAUUCCAGACAUCGCCCACGGGCCACGGCCGCCAAACACUGCUGCUGGAACUGCACGCCCUCCUCGCUCCACUGAUACAAAGCUGCGCCUGCGCUCGCUCCAAGGUACCCAUGGGAUCCCAUGACCACUACACCUCCGCCUCGCAAUUCGUCUUCGCCGCCGUCGAUUCCAACCCCAACCCCAGGCCCAGCCACAGCCACAAGCCCAAGACCACCGUGCAAAUCCCCAUCACGUCUCUACCAGAACGGGCUCGGGCGGGACCGCCCGACGCGGCGGCGGCGGCCGCUAAGAUCCAGGCGGCCUUGCGGGGCUACCUGGUCAGGCGGCACGCCGCGGCCGUGCGCGGGGCCGACGCCGAGGCGACGCGGCUCGAGCGGCUGCUCCGGCGGCAGGAGACCGUGGACGCCGUCCGCGGCGACGAGCGCGAGCGGGCCCGGUUCUCCGAGGCGCUCAUGGCCGUGCUGCUCCGCCUGGACGCCGUGCCGGGGCGCUACCCGGCCGUGCGGGACGCGCGGCGCGCCGUGAGCCGCCGCGUCGUCGGCCUGCAGGAGGUGUUCGACGCUGUUGUCGCGGCACCUGCAGCGCAGACUUGCGGGGUUCCGGCUAGCCUGGAGCAGGUCCUCGAAGGGAUCUGGGGCGUCGGAGAGGCGCCUGUUCCGGUGCCUCCGUCGCCGGCGAUGGCGGCGGCGGAGGAGGAAGUGAGGAGGGGCGGGUCAUACUGGGCAAGGUUUUUUGGUGGAGUGUAGGCUGGCUGUGUAGCGAGGAGGCUCAGGAGGGUAGCUGGGUACUAGAAUGGCUAUAGUCUACUGCUGUGCCGUACUCGGCUGUACCUGUACAUGUAUUUUGUGAUGUGUAUACCAAAGUGCCAUGUUGCGGUUAUUGAACGUGAGAAAAAAAAACUGUAAGUCACCGUUUGGUUCCUUU